CUUCCAUGCAAAUAAGGAAAGAGCCGGGGCUGACGUGCUGGCUGGGGAGGGGGAGGCGGGACAUGCCGGGGCUGAGUGGCAGCGCCGGGGAGCAAGGAGGCGGGAGAGCCAGGCGGGUUCAGUGACUGAGACAAACUGGAGGCUAGGAGCAGCUGGUGCUGUCCACGGCGCGGCUGGUGCUGAACCCGGGACCGCGCGCGAGCUACACACCUCCCCACCCCCCCAAAGGCCACAGCGCCCCACCCCCUUCCACUCCGCCCAUCACCCACUUAGGAGCAACUUGGCAAAGGAGCUGAUCGCCCCUGGAAGAGAUCCCGCCGGCUCUGCUGCUCCUGGGCGCCCUGCUAGACUAGUUCCUGGGGAUUGCUUCGGAGUUUUACCCAAACUGUUGGCUCCCUUUUCUCCCCGUUGCGUGAUCCCAAUUUGGACGUGUGGUGAAAAGAAAUAUUUCUGUAUGCACCAUUCUUGUAAAAGGACUCACUGUUUUCUCCUGAGGGACUUUUGUGACUGUUAGACCAGGAGGAAACCAGUAAGGAUGUUUAUGUGGUGGUCAGCUGUUUUAUUUCUUGGAUGCAUUUCGCUGGGAGCAGAAGGGUGGCCAGUCAAGGAAGGAUAUGACUUUAAGCCAUAUCAGCCUCUAGUAAGAUUACGCCACAAGCAAGAAAAGAGUCAAGAAAGUUCAAGAAAUAAAGGGCGCGUUGAUCAGGAUGGCCCCUUUGGAUCUUGUGAAAAUAAAUACUGUGGUUUAGGUAGGCACUGUGUUGUUAACAGAGAGAUUGGCCAAGCUGAAUGUGGAUGCCUGGAAUACUGCAAAUCGCACUACAAGCCUGUGUGUGGUUCUGAUGGAGAAUUCUAUAAAAACCAUUGUGAAGUGCACAGAGCUGCCUGCUUGAAAAAGCAAAAGGUUACCAUCGUUCACAAUGAAGACUGCUUCUUCAAAGGGGACAAGUGCACAUCCACUGAAUACAGCAAAGUGAAAAAUAUGUUGUUGGAUCUACAAAACCAGAGAUACAUUGCACAAGCAAGAGAAAAAAAUGCUGAAGAUAAAAUGAUUUUAAAGAAAUUGCUAGUGGAUCAAAUGUUUAAAUAUUUCGAUUCUGACAACAAUGGACUUGUGGACAGUAAUGAACUCUCUCAGGUAAUAAAACAAGAUGAGCUUGACAAGGAUCUGUCUGACUGCUCUCUGUUCGAUCUGCUGAAAUAUGAUGAUUAUAACAGUGACAAGCACCUAGUUCUGGAAGAAUUCUACAGAGCAUUUGAGAUUGUUCAGCUGAGUCUUCCAGAUGAUCAGAAAAUAAGUAUCACUACAGCAACAGUAGGACAAAGUGCUGUCCUAAGUUGUGCCAUUCAGGGAGCCCUGAGACCUCCUAUCAUCUGGAAAAGGAACAAUGUCAUUCUAAAUAACUUGGAUUUGGAAGACAUCAAUGAUUUUGGAGAUGACGGGUCCUUGUACAUUACUAAGGUUACCACAACUCACAUGGGAAAUUACAGCUGCUAUGCCGAUGGCUAUGAUAAUCUCUAUCAGACUCAUAUUGUCCAAGUAAAUGUUCCACCAGUCAUUCGAGUCUAUCCAGAGAGCCAGGCCAGGGAGCCUGGUGUGACAGCAAGCCUCCGAUGCUACGCUGAAGGUAUCCCAAACCCACAGCUUGGUUGGCUGAAGAAUGGAAUUGAUAUUACUCCAAAGUUAUCCAAACAGUUAACCCUUCAAGCAAAUGCAAGUGAGGUUCACAUUAGCAAUGUGCGCUAUGAAGAUACAGGAGCGUAUACUUGUAUUGCAAAGAACGAAGCAGGAGUGGAUGAAGACAUUUCUUCUCUCUUUGUGGAAGAUUCUGCUCGGAAGACCCUUGCAAACAUAUUGUGGCGAGAGGAAGGUCUGGGAAUUGGGAACAUGUUCUAUGUGUUUUAUGAAGAUGGAAUCAAAGUGAUACAACCCAUAGAAUGUGAAUUUCAGAGACAUAUUAAGCCCAGUGAAAAACUCCUCGGGUUUCAGGAUGAAGUUUGUCCCAAAGCUGAAAGAGAUACUGUUCAGAGGUGUGUGUGGGCAUCUGCUGUUAAUAUCAAAGACAAGUUCAUUUACGUAACUCAGCCUACUUUGGACAGAGUGCUUAUUGUUGAUGUACAGUCCCAAAAAGUUGUGCAGGCAGUAAGCACAGACUCUGUUCCAGUGAAACUACACUAUGACAAAUCACAUGAUCAGGUAUGGGUGCUCAGCUGGGGAAACAUGGAGAAGAAUUCACCAACAUUGCAGGUAAUAACACAGGCCAGUGGGAGUGUUUCUCACCACACAAUCCAUACUCAGCCAGUGGGAAAACAGUUUGAUAGAGUGGAUGACUUUUUCAUUCCAACUACAACCCUAAUCAUCACCCAUAUUAGGUUUGGACUUAUUCUUCACAAAGAUGAGCCUGUGCUCCAGAAAAUGGAUCUUGAAACUAUGUCAUACAUCAAGACAAUUAGUUUAAAGGAGUAUAAUUGUAUUCCUCAGUCUCUGGCUUAUACACAACUUGGAGGAUAUUAUUUUAUCUGCUGCAAGCCUGAUACAACUGGGGCUCUACCACCACAGCUUAUUGUGGACAGUGUCACUGAUUCUGUGAUUGGAUACAAUGGUGAUGUGACAGGCACUCCAUAUAUCUCUCCAGAUGGACACUAUCUUGUCAGCAUUGAUGAUGUGAAAGGUCUCAUGAGGGUCCAGUCCUUUACAAUCAGAGGAGAAGUGCAGGAUGCAUUUGAUAUUCACACUAACUUGCACAUAUCUGAUGUUGCUUUUCAGCCAUCAUUUACUGAAGCCCAUCAGUACAACAUCUAUGCUAGCUCCAGCACACAAACUGAUGUGCUCUUUGUAGAGCUCUCCUCUGGCAAAGUUAAAAUGGUAAAGAGCCUUAAAGAGCCUGUCAAGACAGAAGAAUGGCCAUGGAACAGUAAGAACCGGCUAAUCAAGGACAGUGGUCUCUUUGGCCAGUACCUUAUGACACCUUCCAAGGAAUCCCUGUUUAUCCUGGAUGGAAGACUCAAUAAGUUAAAUUGUGAAAUUACUGAAGUUGAGAGAGGCAACACAGUAAUUUGGGUUGGAGAAGCAUAAAGAAUCAUAUUAGAUAAUUACCAAAUGAAUAGUUCUACAGUACAUUGCACUUAACUCCAUUCUUUAAAUUUAGAUUGCCUUCCUUUGAAAUUUAGACCCUUCUGUAUCUAUCAUUUGUUUGGUUCAGAUAAAAUUUGAUAUUAACUUUGACAUAAAAAAUUAUUAAAACUUUGAUUACUCAUCAAAGGGACUUAUUACUAAUGAUCAUCUGAGGAUACAUUGGUUGAUUAAAAUCAAUAUUGAAAUUUAUGGUACCUUAAUAAUGAGAGCAAUUAUAAAGCUUAAUUAUGAAAUGAUACAAUAUUUUAAAGUAGUAAAAAAAACAAACCUACACUUCAGGGAGUUUCAAAGGACUUAAUAUGAUCCAUUGCACUUGUAAGUGGCAUACUGAAAUAUAUUUAAAUUCCAGUUUGGUUUUCUUCCAACAAAAAUAAGAAGUGUUGUGCAACCUUAGACUUCUUAAACUGAAAUGUUCUGUCCUGUCCACUGUUCAAUCUUUUUGUGCCUUGAAGGGAAUGUCUCACAAGGAAAAGGAAGAGUAGAAAUUAUUUAUUUUAUUCCCAGCGUGACUACAGGAUUUUGUGUCAUUAAAAAGAAGCAUUUAGUAUCUCAAGUUUUUAGUCUCCAUCAGGUUGUGGAGCAUGUUACUCUGUGUUUUGAUCACUGCAGUUUGAGAAAUUUAUUUUUAUUGUCAGUUUUAGUUGAGAUAAUUUCAACUGAUAGCAGAAGAUUUACCUUUUUUGUGUCAAGUUACUUUGCUAUCACAGGGUUGUAUCAACAGGGAGUUUCAGGUCUAUUAAAGAGAAAAAUGAUGUGUAUCUGCUUAGAAUAAAUCACACUUUGUCAAACUGAUAUGAAGCUUCACUUGUCCUGGCAAGAAAACUUAUUUUUUAAAAUUUUAUGAAACAUGCAUUUUGAAGAACUUAACAUAAAACUCAGAACUGGAUUUAAGACUACAACCAGUGGAUAGAGUUUUUGCUUGUGCAUUAUGUCAUAUACAAGUAUUUCGUAACCUUUUCCAUUUCUUCAGUAGAUUUUCCACACCAAAUCUCUAAUUGGAUUAUUGCAAAUAAAAUAAAAUAAAACAUCUCUUGAAUUUUUUUUUAGUUUAACUAACUGUUACUCUAAAUUUGAACAUUAGCUUGCACAUCUAAAUGAGAAUGAUAAGGUUCUUAAAUUUAGAAUAAUGAUAGUAUAUAGAAUCAGAAAAAAUGUGACUAAUUGAAGCCAGCAGUAAAACAUCUAUCCGGACUUACAGUAAUGACAUAAAAAUUUUGGGUAAUUUUUAUUUUUUAUUUUCAUAAGGAAUGCUUAUGAGCUUUUAAAAUGUCCUUUGUUUACUAAAGCAAUUAGGAAAAAAAAUCUUUUCUAAGUAAAAUUUUACUCCAGUUUAGAUUGUGUAAAAUCACUUAGAAACCUGAAAUUUUCUAGCAUUGUAAUUGUGUGUGUAUUUAGCAUCCUGUGCUGUGUGAUACAGUAGAUCUCUCUUUAGCUUGAGGAAACUUCCUGGCAGGUAGAUUUAAUUAAAAUAAAAAUCUGCUUACAUUUCUAGCUACUAAAUCUGUUUUCCUUUUUAACAAUUUUUCCCAUUGUGAGUGAGAACCAUGUAAACUGUUACUCAGUUAUUUACAGUAGUCUGUCACUUAUGCAUUUUUCUUCUGUAACUGACACUAUGUGGAUGUUCUGUAUGUAGAAAAUGCUUGACAAAAGGAGAAUAAACCCCUUAAAUUUUAAA